AUGGAUCCUGGCAUCCAACGAGCAUUAAAUGAUAAACUAUACGAUAAACGGAAAGUUGGAGCUCUAGAGUUAGAACAAGUAAUUCGAGAUUUAUUGACAUUAAAAGAAUUUGAUAAGAUUAAAAAAAUAAUAAAGCAACUCUGCAACGAGUAUGCAUAUGCGAUACAUCAACCUCAUUCUCGAAACGGUGGACUCAUCGGCCUAGCAGCAGCAGCUAUUGCUUUAGGUCCGGAACUAGCGCGUUACUUGGAUGAAAUUGUUCCACCUGUGCUUGCCUGCUUCACCGAUCAAGAUGCCAGGGUACGAUACUAUGCUUGUGAAAGCAUGUAUAAUAUUGCAAAAGUAGCCAAGGGAGAGGUACUUCCAUACUUUAAUGAUAUUUUUGACGCAUUGUGUAAACUCGGUGCAGAUUCUGAACUCUCUGUUAAAAAUGGGGCCGAACUUCUUGAUCGGCUAAUCAAGGAUAUAGUAUCAGAGUCCGCUGCAACAUACGUUUCGGUGUUAAAUUUGCCAGAAGAAAUCCAAGAGGAAGAAGAUAGGGAUUCAUAUGAUGAGUCUCUAGAUUUGACGACUGCGUUUUCGCUCGCCCGUUUUAUUCCACUUCUCCAGGAAAGAAUAUACGUUAUAAAUCCUUUCACCAGAAAUUUUCUAGUUGGCUGGAUAACUCUUCUAGAUUCUAUUCCUGAUUUAGAGUUAGUCACAUAUUUGCCAGAGUUUCUUGGUGGUUUGUUUAGGUUUCUUAGUGAUCCAUCUCGAGAUGUACGAGUGGCUACGCAAGGAGCUCUGGAGAGAUUUUUGUGUGAAAUUAGGCGACUUUCUCGUAUAAAAAAGGGUAUUGAAGAAAGCCGGAAAUCUCGUGACGAUACGAAAAAAAAAAAACAGGAGUCCGAAAAAAGUGUGGAUUCAGUUCAAGAGGGUGACAAUAAUAAUGAUGAUAUAACGGAAGGGGAUGAUAGAGAGCUAAGCAGUGAUGAUGACUGGGUUCCUGGGCAGGAUGUAUUGGUGAACUACAAAGAGAUACUCGAAAUCCUAACGGCCAACUUGGACUCCUCACUCGAAGAGAAUACUCUCUUGGAAUCCCUUCGAUGGAUUGUUGAAUUUCUCAAUAUUUGUCCUGAGGAGGUACUGCCAUUUGCUCCAAAAAUACUGGCUCAGCUCUUACCAGCUAUGGCUAGUGAUGUGGAUACUAUCCGCCAAGCAGCAGCUAGGGUUAAUACAUCGCUUAUGGACUAUGUUGUCUCUUUAUCUGACCAAGGCAACCUUCCUGAGAACUCUUCAUCUGGCCUGUCAAAGAUUCCUAUCUCGGUGUUGAAAGAGACUAUCACUUAUGAAAAAAAGGAGACUUCCAUCAACGCAAGAGGAUCUAUAACUGGAUCUCGAAAUGGAGACAGACGAGAAUCUGAAGUUCAAACUCCUCCGCUGUCACAAAAUAAAUUUCAAUUAUCAGGUACUCUGAGUCAACCUCAGCCGCAGGUUGCCCUAGAUUAUGCCGCCGCUGUAAGCUCAUUGACUUUACUUUUCUUAAAUGAUCAUGAAGCAACAAGAGUUGCGGCCUUAACAUGGCUGUUAAUGCUUCAUAGAAAAGCGCCUAGGAAGGUUAUCUGUUUUAACGACGGCACCUUCCCUGCCCUUCUCAAGAUACUCUCAGAUCCAUCUGAGGCUGUUGUAACUAGGGAUCUCCAACUUCUUUCUCAAAUCUCCAAAAAUAGUGGAGAUGAUUAUUUUACUCAAUUUAUGGAAAACCUCCUGCAAUUAUUCUCCACGGAUAGAAAGCUACUGGAGAUGCGGGGUAACCUAAUUAUCCGACAACUUUGUGUUAGCCUAAGUGCGGAAAGAAUCUACCGAACUUUGGCGAAUUGCAUUGAGAAAGAGGAGGAUGUCGAGUUCGCAAGCAUAAUGGUACAGAAUCUUAAUAACAAUCUUAUAACAGCCCCUGAACUGGCUGAGCUUCGAAAAAGGCUUCGCAACUUGGAAACAAAGGAAGGUCAAACUUUUUUUGUUGCCCUUUUCAGAUCCUGGUGCUACAACGCCGUUGCUACAUUUUCGUUAUGUCUACUCGCUCAGGCUUACGAGCAAGCGUAUAAUCUCCUUCAGAUUUUUGCGGAAUUAGAGAUGACAGUCAACAUGCUGAUUCAAAUAGACAAGCUCGUACAACUUUUGGAAUCUCCAGUAUUUACUUACCUCAGACUUCAGCUGCUGGAGCCCGAAAAAUUUCCACAUCUUUAUAAAUGCUUAUAUGGCUUGUUGAUGCUUCUUCCGCAAUCAUCUGCCUUUGCUGCUUUAAAAAAUAGGCUCAACAGUGUUAGUGCUAUUGGAUAUCUUCACACUGCACCUAGAAGUUCACCUUCAAACAACGCCCCAUCAGGAUUUGAUAGAUCGAGUCGUUUAAAAGGUAGGGAAGAUAGUGGAAUCAAAUGGCACGAUCUGUUAGAAAAGUUUCGAAGUGUACAGGAGCGUGCCAAAAGAUCCAUGAGAAUAGGUAACGAUUUGGAUAAUGUGAAUGGAAUACGCCCAGGAGAAACUCUUGAAAAUCGGCCUUUUGAUAAUCUAUCUAGCCUUCAAAGACCUACAUCGUCCACAAAAGAUAUACCGGCGAUAUCUAUCGGUAACCAAACUUCUUACAAGCAGAAGCCAGGAUUGGGUAAGUUCAGACGCUUGGGAGGAGCGAUGCAAGGAGGCAGACAGAAAAAGUGA